AUGGGAAAUAAAUAAUAAUAAGCCAAGUAAAGAGAUAGCAAUUUGAGUAUGGUAAGUUAUGGUAGGUCUGUUUCCACUGCACCAACAAAUGAAUCAGGGAUGCUUAGAUUUACUACUGAUGGAAGUAUGAGUUCUUCAAUUUUUGGGGGAAUAGAAACAUAUUUCAAUCGAUUACCAAAUCCAGUAGUCGAUGGAAUUUGCAAGUUUCUCACAAUUAAUGAUCUUACCAAUCUCUAUUGCACUAGCAAAUUUGUUUAUGAAAGAUUUUACACUUCACUUCCAUACUCUAUUAAAUGUGGGACUCUAUUGUACAAGUUGUAUGAGGAUCGAAGAGGGAUUGUUAAAAAUGCUAUUGAAACUAAGCAUGGAUCUUGGCCUUAGGUCUUAGAAGUUUUUAUGCAAAAUAAGUAUUAAUAUGUGUUUAUGAUCUUUAAUAGAAAGCAAAUGAAGAAUCUCCAAUCCAAUCUCAAAGAAUCACUUUAACAAGCUUAUCAAUAACAUAUUAUUUAUCCACCUUUAUUAAUGGAUGAAGUCACUAAAGAAGGUUUAAACUCUGAUUUCUAGAAACAAAUCAUGCAAAAGUUAUAGAGUUCUUAAGAAUACCAAUCUAUUACUGAAAUACAAAUUUUAAAUUAAACUAGAACUUUUUUCAAAAAGCCAUAAAACUCUAAAUAAUUAAUGAUUACUAAGUUAUUAGAAAUCAGAACUCUAAGAGAAUUUCAAAUAGAUUUAAAGUAAUACUAUGUUUUAUUUUUAGAUUACCAUAGUUAUUCAAUAUUAUUAUUUUAAUAUGUUCAACUAUUAAAUCCCUUUUGUAAAUUAUUGCUUUAACACUUGAAUGUGCAACAGCUACUAAUGAUUCUAUUGGAUAAUUAGAUUUCUAUCUCUAUAACUUUCAGAUGUAUUUAAUAUGGAUGCAACAAAUAGAUUAACAUGUUACUCCUUAUUUACAUCUUUUUGAUAUUACACUUAAAGAAUAAAUUACUUCUUAUCAUUUCCCACCUUUCACAAUUCAAUGGAUUAUGAUGAAAAUGUGGAAUCAAUAUAUUUAUUCAAAAUCCAAACAUAAUUUGAGAUCAAUUUUCUUAUAAUAAUUAUAUGCUGUUAGAAUGGAUACAUCACUUAAAUAUGAAUAAUAUCUUUUAAAAGAUUAUGUCAAAUCAUUAAUAGAUUUAUCAACAACCUAAUCAAAUGUUAGAAUGGCUGGUCAUUCAAAAUUUAAAUAUAUUAAAGACUUAGAAAAUUUAUUCAUUAUUGUUAUAGAAUAAACUUCCAAUCUUUAUUCAGAAAAUAAAAUUAAUUUUUUCAAAGACAUCUCCGUUCUAGGAUAUAUAUUUUAAAAACAUAUCCUAGAAAAUAAAUUAAUUCCAUCACUUUUAGAAUAAAAAUAUUCAACAAUUUAAUCUCAAAUUGAACAACUUAAGUAAAGUUCUGAAUUUUAAAGAAGAAUAUAAAAAUAUAAUGAUGAAAAUUUACUUAUGACAUAGCAAACGGAUUAUUCUUUUUAAUUACUCAAUAUUAAUAAAGUUUUUUACAAAAUAAAAUCAAUUAUUAAUUGCGAGCCUUUGCAAUAAUAGAUAAUUAGAUUAACAAUUAACUAUUAAAAAAACACUUAUGACAAACUAUCAACUUAUAUAAAAGAUUAUCAUUCAGACCUUUAUGAAGAAAUCUCAAAAUUAGCUGACUUAGAUGUAGUUUCAACUGAGAGUGUUUAAAUCAGAGAUGCAAUGAUAUUAUAUAGAACCUAAUCUGAAGCAUAUGAUGAUCAUCUUAUCUCUUACGAUGAACUUAUUGAUGUUGAAACUUUAAAAUAAUUAAUCAAAUAAAAAUCAGCUAGUAAUUCUAAAAAGAAUUCAUUAUUGUUAAAGAAAACCAAAUCGGAACCACCAAAAUUGCAUUAGCAACCAGAUUUAAAUAAUUUUUUACCAAUUACAAUCGUUACUGGAUUAAAUCUAGCCUAAAGUUUAACCGAGUAGUUCAUUAGCUAAUAAUGA